GCAUUCGGAAUAGCAUGCACGUACAGAUCUAGUAUCUAGCUGCGCUGGGUCUAGUAAUUAUUGAGCUGGUGAGUGGGAAACAGACUUGACGGAGCGGAAGAUGUUAGCCGGAAUGAAUAAAAUGUUCGAAGAAAUGACAGACUUGUCGGUGUCAUUUUGAAGUUCUGCUCAGUGAUUUAACAAUGUAGUGUUGCAGUGAAUUCAGUGCGGUUUUGCAGUGACUAGAGUGGAAAAGGCACGUGCAAUAUGUCUUCAAAUUUAGCCAAGUUGGAGUUGGAAGAAGACAGCGAUGGCGUUGUUGUGUUUCACAAACGCGAUCAUUUCGCUAGCGGUUUCUCUGCAAUGGAAACCAUUCGGAGGAAGGGAAAAUUAUGCGACGUCACGCUUAAGGUUGGAGAGAGCAAAUUCUCAGCACACCGCAUUGUCCUGGCUGCCAACAUCCCAUACUUCCAUGCCAUGUUCACCAGUGACAUGGUGGAGAGUAAACAAGAAGAGAUCACUAUGAGCGGCAUCGAGCCGAGUGCUUUGGAGACGCUAGUAAACUAUGCAUACAGUGGAAAAGUAGCAAUGGACAUACACAAUGUGCAAUCAAUACUAGUUGGGGCCAACUUCCUGCAGCUGCAGGAUAUUAAAGAGGCAUGCUGCGAGUUUCUCCGAGAAAGGUUACACCCAAGCAACUGUCUGGGCAUACGUCGCUUUGCCGACACCAUGGUCUGCUCCAAACUCUUUGAGGCGUCCACCAGCUUCAUGCACAAGAAAUUUGUGGACACCUCCCUGUCCGAAGAGUUCCUGACUCUCAGCAAAUAUGAACUCAUGGAUAUCAUUUCAACAGACGAGCUCAACGUUGGCGGUGAAGAGCAAGUGUUUGAUGCUGUCGUGGGCUGGGUGAAGUACGACCUAGCCGGCCGGAGGUCCUUAAUGCCGGAGCUGCUGUCCAGGGUUCGACUCCCACUCAUCCGUCCUCAGAUCCUCACUGACCGAGUGUCAACAGAAGACCUUGUUAGGAGUUCACAUCAGUGCAGGGAUCUUGUCGAUGAAGCCAAAGAUUAUCACUUGAUGCCAGAGCGAAGGGCCCUCUUCCAGAACGAACGCACCAAGCCGAGGCUAUGCAAUGAUAUUGCCGGUCUGAUCUAUGCAGUGGGCGGAUUGACCAGAGCAGAUUUCUUUGUCACAGGCGAGUCACUCAAUGCGGUGGAGCUCUACGAGCCGGCCACCAACACCUGGACGGUUGGCAAGCCCAUGACCACCCCCCGCAGCCGAGUGGGAGUGACCGUCCUGGCCAAUCGGUUGUACGCCAUCGGCGGGUACGACGGGCAGGCUCGACUCAACACGGUGGAGGUGUUUGAUCCUUGCAGCAGUGAGUGGUGGGACGUCGCCCCUAUGAACAGCAGGCGAAGUGCCCUGGGUGUAGCUGCUUUAGAUGGCCGCGUCUAUGCAUGUGGUGGCUACGAUGGCAUAUCGUCUCUCAGCUCCGUCGAAUGCUAUGACCCGGACACUAAUAAGUGGUAUAUAGUAUCGGACAUGACCAAAUCACGCAGUGCUGCAGGUGUGGCUGUACUUAAUGGUGAAAUCUAUGCAGUAGGGGGCCAUGACGGACUGCAGAUUUUUAAUUCGGUGGAAUGUUUUAAUCAUUUCACUGGACGGUGGACAGUGGUUCCCCCCAUGCAGAGCAAGCGCUGCCGGCUUGGUGUGACCGCCUUCAACGGCAAGCUGUAUGUCUGCGGUGGCUACGACGGCUGCAAAUUCCUAAACACCGUGGAGGUCUAUGAUCCUGUUACCAAUCUCUGGUCUUCGGCCACGCCCAUGAAUUCGAGGCGGAGCCGCGUGGCCUUGGUGGCCAACCAAGGCCACCUCUACGCUAUAGGGGGCUACGAUGGGCUGACCAACCUGAGCUCAGUGGAGCGAUACGACCCCCUGCUGGACGACUGGACUCUGGUAGGCUCCAUGAUGGCCCACGAAGGUGGAGUCGGGGUGGGAGUCAUACCCCUGACUGGUUGACUGGGCAAUCACAUCGGGUUAUUGGAGAACCAGAGUCAAAAGACCGCUUAGCAGGUGAUUCCACAGGUUCAGUCCCUGAGUAGUAGUGUAGCGAAGCACCAGCCGGGAGGAAAAACAGGGAUCCAUUUUAUGAAGAAGCUUAGCAGAAAAAACAUUGCUUAGUAUCAAAAAUGAUUGCUUAACAGCAUUUUACAAGUUAAGAAUGACAUGCAAUUUUAUAUUGCAUGUGGAUGGUUCUGUCAGCUGAGGUUUUGCUUUGCAUGUUAACUUGUCAAGCAGUAUUUUGUUCUUAUUAGCUUCAUUGAAAUGGGCCCAGUGACAUUUCACAAAUGACAUGUCACUGCUAAGUGUUUUGUUUUUCUGGUUCUGACAAAGUUUGAUUGCCAAGUCAGGUUAAUAUACAUGUACUGAAUGCUUUCCUUAAGCAGUUGUUUAUUAGCUAAGCACAGAGUAAUGUUCACUAAUAGGGUGAGACAAAGUGCCAAAAUGCCACAGGGCUGUUUUCUGGUUGGCAGAGCGAGACAAGCAUUUACUGAAAAUAAUUUCAAGUUGGUUAAGAAUUUCACCUUUUUAAAAAAUAUUUUAAGAAUGAAUUUUUAAAUUGGUUUUUAAAACCCAAUUUAGCAGGGUCUGGCCGCAGUCCAUGGAGUAACAGAGUGUCUCAGGAUGGCAAACAGUCACAACGUUCCAUUGGAACACUUUGUACCUUGUUUGUGUUCCAGGACGGGCGACCGUUUCACUGAGAACAUGACAUUUCCAUCAGGACGCUGCCUCACAACGGCCUACGUAAGCGGACCAUUCUCAUGGAUGCGUCAAUUUUGAGAUGGUCUGAUAAAACACAAACUCUCUCAGCUUUUCAGAUGUUCCAUGAAUGGCAUUAUGCAAGGACAGCAGAUGUCCAGAUGUAAUGGUUUCUACUUAAAGGGCUCUGUUGCAUUGCCUUUGUUCAUGUUUUGCCACCGAAUCGUAGGAAGUUUAGUAUUUUUAGGCCCAAAAGGUUAUCCACAUUAGUCAGAAUUAUUGAUGCCUUGUCGUCAAGUUAAAAAAAGUUUAACAAGUUAAAAAAACGUUGAAUCGGAAUCAUGGUAUCUAUGAAACAGUUAAGAAUGUGACCGAUGGCAGACGGUUGACCCUGUUAAUCCUUCUGUACGUUUCCGCACCAUACUCCUUUUUAGUUUAAAAGACUUCCCACCAUGGGUGGACAUCAGGGGGGGGGAUAUAUAUUCUUUUGACGGGGGGAUUACCAAUGCAAUCAUCCCCUCUAAUUAAAAUGGGAUCUUGACACUGUGCCAUGUCAUGCUCUGCACAAGGACGAUCUCUUUUUCAGAAUUCAUCCCCCUUUCCCACAUGUGACAAGAAAUCUCUGCCCACACUCUCCACAAUCACAGUCUCCCCGCCCCCUUCUGCUCAAAAAAUACCUUUCUAUUAAAUAUUAUGCUCCACCUUGGUUCAGAAGUGUUUUAAACCUCCCAGUAUACUAUUCAGAGCUAUUCUUACUCAAAAAUCUGAAGACGAUGACAUCAGCUCUUCAAUUCAAGAACCCAGUCAAGAUUUGAAACAUUAAGCAGUUUAUCCAGUGAUGGGUCCUGCAUGAACGUUGACACAAAUCCAACACAAUCGUUUGCAGUUCAUCUUAGUUGUCAGAUGGUGCCCAAAUUGGGUGUCACAUGGCUAUGGCUCAGGGUUUAUUCCACAGGAGCGCCUUGUGGAAUAGAAACAGCCAUUGGAGAGCAGUAUCCACAUUAGACUAGCCCAGACAUCAAAGAUGGCAGAUCAGAACCGUUCAUGGGGGAAAUGCUUGUCAUCCGUGAACUCGAUCUAUUUGCAGCUUUUUUCCCCAUUGCUGUCUCCAUCACAAAUUUGUCAAUUUCACAUCAUUGCACACACAGCCGCAUGAUUUAUGACGUGGGUGCUCUUGCCUGGCGACAGUUACAUGCUGGGAAUAAGACUGGGUCAGUUGUGUACAAUUUAACAUGUACCUUUUACCAUAACCACCUGAAAUCCGUCCUUGGCUAUUGUAAUGAACAGCAUGGAAUGUUUAGUGAUGUUUGAGCUUUUGCCGGUACUUUCCUUCAUUUCACCCAUCAUCGGAUGCUGACAUAGGAACAGUGGGGCAUCCAGACGGGUAAAAUUUUUUUUUUUUUAAGAGGAACAAGUUUUUUACAUUCCCCUUGGCCAAAUUUAGCCUCACCCCGCAGAAAAGACAUGUUAAAGAUCACCCCCCCCCCGAAAAUUAGUUUUUGAUCACCCUUGCACAAGUAUUUGCCCCUUACCGAACCUGGACUUUGUCUCGGACCUCAUUUGGUGCUCCAGUGUUCGUUGACAAUUCCCAUUAAACAAUUUGUUGUUUCUGAAGCAGGAUGUUGAGGUUUUUAACUCGAGAGACCCAACAAGCCUAUGUACUGAUGUAACACUUUGUUUACAUCUGCACUUAUGAAACCAGUCCACUGUCCACAAGGCAUCACGUGAUAUCGCACACGUCUAGUGUCAGUACCAGUGGUGUGUUCACAAAACCCACGCCUGAAGACGAAGAUUGAGGCGCAAAGCUUAGGUGUGCAAAGCUCACAUUUAUGGUGGUUGUGAUGCAGAAUGCGCAUCAUUUCUACUAUCCCUUGAAUGGAAGUGAAGGUGCACUUGCAAAACGACUUUUUGGGGAAGGGGUAAUGCAAGAAAAGCACUGCGCAUUCUUAUAGGUCGAGGAGUAUUUUUUUUGACUGGAGGUAAUAAGGGGUAGUUGCUUGGGAAAAGGGCACUCGGCACAAAAUAUGAGGGUUAAUUGGCCCCCGACUGCUGCCCCACUGAGAAAACUGUGCUUGUGUCCGAAUUGGAGUCUUCAGAUAACAAUUUAGCCUGUCCCGGAGGUGUAUGACAUAAUGCAGUAAACCAUACCGAUUUGACCUGUGGUCACGACUUUGUGCGAUAACUGUCAACAUAUACAGUGUGUGCCUGAAAAGGUAACCGAAGUUCAUAGGUCAGCUAUGUCAAGAAUACAUGGUUUAUACUUGUGAAAAGUUUACUACGAUACGAAGUAACUCAUCAGCUUCAAUUUGACACCUUGCUUGCGUCAACUUUGUCGCACUGUAUAACACCAGGUAAAUGGAACACUUAGAUGUUACAGUCUGAAGAGUAACCUGGUUACCGCAAGUCAUUACUGUGAAAUAACACGCUUAAAACGCUUAUGACAGUUGAAUUGGGACAAAUUUUGAAAACAAAAAGGAGUGCUUUCAUAAUGGUCAAAACCUUUCUUCUGUGGAUUUUUUAAUGGAAACAAUAUUUUAAGAGAAUAAUGCAGCAUUUCUUGAUGCGCUGUAGCAAAAUGCUUGCGGAUUCUUUUCUGACAUGUUUGAAAAGUAGUUAUUUAUUGGAUUAUUGUGCUUACAAAUUAUAUAGUGUACUUAUUUUGAAGUUUUAUCUAAUUAACAUUAAUCUCUUCACGUAAAUAAACCAGCAUAGAUUUCACCGAAAGCU